UGUAUUUUAGAAUAAAAAAUUGAUUUAAUUACGAAAAAUUCUAAAGAUUUAUUUGAAAAUAUAUUUUAAUACCUAUUAUUUAUUAAAAAAAAAAUUAAUUUCUAUAUUAUCAUGGUGAAAAUUGAAAUAUGAAUUGGCUGUUGGCAAUUCCAGUGAAAACCUCUUGACCGGUUUCAUGCUAUGGGCCAUUUGUUUGAUUUCUACGAUCAGAAUGGAUAAUUAACUUGUCUAUGGUUCCCGAACAAUCUGACAGACGGCCGUGAUUAGUCUUACUUGCCAAGUCAAAUGGAAUUUACUGAACAGAACAGGAGCAGAGAGUUAGCAGCUUCGUCUUCUUUUUACCGCUCCGUGUACUCAGAGAUAGAAGAAAUUGGAUGGGAGCAUCUGGUGAAUUUGGCUGGAGAUCUAAAGCUCAUUAGCUUUCGCAUUGUAGAUAAGAAGGGACGAGUGCAUAUUCUUGAAGUUCAGUUAGAUAAAACGUAUCCAAAAUGUCCACCUUCAGUUGCUGCAGAUGUACCAUAUAUAUUCAAUGUCAAAUGGUCAAUGAACUCAAGACUGAAAGAUUUGGUGCAGCAGUUCCAGGAACAGCAUUUGGAGAAGCUUCAGGAAUUUUGGUCUACCUUGGAUGAUAUUGAUAAUUCUCUUUGCGUUGUUAAUCUGAAACAGACAUCCCGUGCCAUGUCUUUUCGCCAAAUUGAUAUAGGAAAUGACUGUUUCAUAAUGUUAUUUAUAAAUUCCAAAAAUCCUAAAUCUUUACCAGAGUGUCGGUUGUUGGGCUCAGGUCCAUAUGUGAACUCUUUGAUAAAGUUAUGGAAAAGAAAUAGCAAGCAAUGGAUGAAGGACAAAACAAUUCUAGAAAAUCUUACAUCCAUUCUAGAGACCCAACUACCAAAGCCCCCAGAUGUCCAGAAGAAUGAUCAGCAAGUUGAAUGUGGAAUUUGUUAUGCCCAAUGUCUUCCAAUUGAUGAUGAGCUUGGACCCAGGAGUGGGACUGGAACUGACUAUACAUGUGAUAAUAGCAACUGCAACAGGGCAUUCCAUAGUGUAUGUCUUGGGGACUGGUUGCGCUCUAUCACAACAACAAGGCAGUACUUGGUCUACUGAUUUCAGUGCAUUCUCAUUGUGUAGAUCAUUUAAUGUCCUGUUUGGGAAUUGUCCCUAUUGUUCAGAGCCAGUUGCAGUUAAAAUCGGCAACACAAUCAAGUAAAUCUAGGUUUUUCACUGCAAUCUUGUCGAGCAUCUCUAGGUGAUUAAUUUGUUGGGCGCAUACUUGAAUACAGGAAAACUACGAGUUCCUGAAAGUGAGGCAGUAACAUUUUCUUCUAUAUUCUUUUAAUGUAAAUUCAGCUGUUGUUUAAUCAGUUCAUGAACCCAGCCAAAACAAUGAAGGAAUUGGCAACAUCAAGAGCAUUAAUUUGAAGCAGCAUCCAAUGUAGCCUCACCACCACCGACCCUUUUUUUUUCUUCCUUUGGCCUUUUCAUUAACUGUGACCUGUGAUGCAAUAAUGAAAUGACGCUUUCAAUUCAUUAUUUUGUUGUACUAACCUUAUCUGUUAGCCCUGUUGACUCGAUUACACCUAUUCAUGGCUUGAUUGGAACCUGCCAAAGGGAUCCAUUUCAUCUCUA